CACAAAAACAAACCCCACCCCCCACACCAAAGAGACCCCCACCAAAAACUUCCGCAAUCCUUUUCUUCUUCUCCUUCCCCUCUCCCCCUUCUCUCACACAGUAACAUAAAUCUCUUCUUCCCCCACACGGCGUAAUCACAGCGGUCUUUCUUUCUGCACACUCAAUUCUCUUCGUUUACAACCGUUUCAAAGUUUCUUUCUUGUGAUUCAAAAACCAAAUUUCCAUAUAAUACAAUCGUAGAACUGAAACAUCCGAAAAAACAGAGGCCGAAUUAGGGUUUUUUUGGGUUUUCGUUUAAUCCAACUUAGUCUAAUCUUAAUUUCGUGGGGGUAAUUCAAGAAUUUGGAAUACCCAUUUCUUGUUUAUUCACGUUUGUUUCAUUACUAUAUAUUAAACGAACAAACCCUAGGUUUAUAUUUUCUUUUGCGUGUUGUGAUGUUUUAAGCUCUAGGGUUUGAUUAUGUAAUGGGAUUGAAGUAUCAUUCAUUCAUAGGCGUUCUAAAUUGCGUUUCUUUGAUGGUAUAAGACUGGUUUGUUUUCUCUGAAGGUGGUGAUUCAACUUAGUUAUAAGAUGAGGGUCUUCUAAGUUUUGUUCAAUCUCGAAAAAUGGCGUCUUUCUAGUUCUUUUCUUCGAUAGUGAUGGUGUUGUACUUCGAUGUCCAUUUGGUCUUUUUUAUUCUCUUCUUAUGAUGUUCAGUACUAAUAAUGGAAAAAACUGAGCCAACAUUCGUACCCGAAUGGUUAAAGAACAAUGGAAGCUUAAGCACAUCGUCUUCGUUGCAUUCUGAUGAUCAACGUGUAUCAAAAUCUCUGAGAAAUAACGAUUUAGGUCGCACAUCUGUUUCUGAUCGAACAACUUCUUCAUAUUUUAGGCGUUCUUACAGUAAUUUUGGGAGAAAUCAUCGUGAUCGUGAUUGGGACAAAGAUUAUUCUGAUCCAUUGGCUAAUAUUCUGCCAAGUAGAUUUGAGAAAGAUGGAUUAAGACGUUCACAUUCCAGUCUUUCUGCUAAGAAAAAUGAGUCAUGGCCUAGGAAAGUUGUAGGUGAAAGAAAUGGUCAUAAUAAUGGGAAGGUGUUAUUUGAGAGAGACUUUCCAUAUCUUGGGGUGGAAGAAAAACAAGCUGAUUCUGAGAUUGGGAGAGUGCCUUCUCCGGGGUUGACCACUGCCAUUCAGAGCUUACCGGUUGGUAAUGUGGCGGUGAUUGGCGGUGAUGGGUGGACCUCCGCCUUGGCUGAGGUGCCUGUGAUGGUUCAACCUACUCCGGUGGUGGCUACUAGCCGGAAUAUGGCUGAGACUUUGGCGCAAGGUCCUCCUCGAGCUCAUACUGCUCCUCAGUUAUCUGUUGGAACUCAAAGACUUGAAGAGCUUGCAGUCAAGCAAUCAAGGCAAUUGAUUCCCGUGACUCCUUCCAUGCCUAAAACCUUGGCAAUGACCUCUUCUGAAAAGUCAAAGCUAAAAGUUGGUCAAGGUCAACCCUCCCCUCGACCUUUAUCUGCAAAAUCUGAUGUCAGCAAGGUAUCACCAACUGUGGGAAAACUUCAUGUCCUUAAACCAUCUCGUGAAAGAAAUGGUACAAUUUCAAAGGAGACCUUAAGCCCAACAAGUGGUGGUAAAUUACCAAAUAGCCCUCUUGCUGUACCCUCGGCUGUAACAUCUAAUAUCCCAUUGAGAAACACGGGUAGUAGUUCAGUCAAUCUUGAAAAGAGACCCUCCCCUCAGGCUCAGAGUCGAAAUGACUUUUUUAACCUUGUGAGGAAAAAAUCCAUGGCAACCAACUCGGUUACAGGGUCGGGUCAGAGUCAGACCGAUGGUGCACCCAAGGGUGGUGUGGGUGAUACGGUUGACCGGUCAACUAGUAAUGGAAAGAGCAAUUUGGGCAAUGAUGUAAUUUUGUACUCUGAGGAAGAAGAGGCAAGAUUUUUGAAGUCAUUGGGGUGGGAGGAAACUACUGAGGAGGGAGGUCUUACAGAAGAGGAGAUUAACUCUUUUUACAGGGAUGUAAGUAAGUAUGUGAAGAAAAGAACUGCUUCAAAUUUUUUCAAAGGAACACAGCCCAAGUGUUUGAUGCCAGUCAUACAAAUGGGGAAAAAUGGUGAUAUUUCAGCUGACUCGAAGGUGGAUUCGUGAGCUUGUGGGACCCGUUUAGUUACCCGAUGGAGUGAAAGGUCUUGUUUUUAUUAGGGUGUCAAGAUCCGGAUAUUACAAAAUGCUUAAAAGAUUAGAACUGUGUUUUUCUUCAUUUUUAAAGGGUUGAUGAGGGGAGUAGGUGAAAAGAAAUGUGGGUUUUAGUUUGUUUUUUCUUUUAUUUUUCAAUUCAACAUAGUAGCUUUGUUAUGGUUUAUUAGUCAUUUUUAAGGGAAA